AGCCUGGGGAGGGACGCGGGCGGGGACGGAGCUCCGCGCGCUCGCUGCUGGACGGUGAUGGCCCUGCGAGGCUGCGGGCUCCGACUUCACCCGGAGUCGGCGGCGAGAGGCUCGCGGAGGCGCGUGGCUCUGGGUGAACGCUGAGCGUCUGCCCCAGUACUCCCAGUCUUUACACGUUCCGCGUCCACACACUGACGAAAACAAGGAUCCGCUCUCGCUUUCGCUCCUCGCGAAGCUCCAGAUCAUGUCGGCUGCCUCGGGGACUCUGCACCGAAGAAGUUUGCCCGGCGUGGACCCAAUGACCUUUCCAAGCUGUGCGCCUAGUUGCCUGGACGUGGUCUGAGCAGCGCUGCCCAGGCAGACCUUUCUGCCAGAGGGCUUUCUCCGCGAGCUCUGGUUUCCCUGCGUUUUCCCCGAGCCCCACGCCCACCCAUCUCUGAGUCCUGGAAGAAAGGGGCGGCUCCCUCCGCCCCCCAGCAUCCAGGAAAAUGGGGAGCAAGGCCCUGCCGGCGCCCAUCCCGCUCCACCCAUCGCUGCAGCUCACCAAUUACUCCUUCCUGCAGGCCGUGAACACCUUCCCUGCCGCGGUGGACCACCUGCAGGGCCUGUAUGGUCUCAGCGCUGUGCAAACCAUGCACAUGAACCACUGGACCCUGGGGUACCCCAACGUUCAUGAGAUCACCCGCUCAACCAUCACCGAGAUGGCGGCGGCGCAGGGUCUGGUGGAUGCUCGCUUCCCCUUCCCGGCUCUGCCCUUUACCACUCACCUAUUCCACCCCAAGCAGGGGGCCAUUGCCCACGUCCUCCCAGCCCUGCACAAGGACCGGCCGCGUUUUGACUUUGCCAACUUGGCUGUGGCCGCCACACAGGAGGAUCCCCCUAAAAUAGGAGAUCUAACCAAGCUGAGCCCGGGGCUGGGUAGCCCUAUCUCGGGCCUCAGUAAAUUGACUCCGGACAGAAAGCCCUCUCGAGGGAGGUUGCCCUCCAAAACGAAAAAAGAGUUUAUCUGCAAGUUUUGUGGCAGACACUUUACCAAAUCCUACAAUUUGCUCAUCCACGAGAGGACCCACACGGAUGAGAGGCCAUACACGUGUGACAUCUGCCACAAGGCCUUCCGGAGGCAAGAUCACCUGCGGGAUCAUAGGUAUAUCCAUUCCAAAGAAAAGCCCUUCAAAUGUCAGGAGUGUGGGAAAGGAUUUUGUCAGUCUAGAACUCUAGCAGUUCACAAAACCUUACAUAUGCAGGAAUCUCCACACAAAUGUCCCACAUGUGGAAGAACCUUUAAUCAGAGAAGUAAUCUGAAAACUCACCUUCUCACCCAUACAGACAUCAAGCCCUACAGCUGCGAGCAGUGCGGCAAAGUGUUCAGGCGAAACUGUGAUCUGCGGCGGCACAGCCUGACUCACACCCCGCGGCAGGACUUCUAGAGAAGCCCAGGAUCUGUCCCGUGCCGCCGCUGCUCCCAUCCCCAGACACCUCUCCACGCCUCCCACCCGAGGGUCCCACCCCCAACCCUUCACUGACCCCAGCUCUUCCCUUGCCGCAGCCGCACCUGCAGCUCCAGGGAGUUAACUGUGCUUCGGGAGGACUGAGAACUAUAGAAAGCCACACACUACACCCUUUCACAAAGAGCAUACGCUAGUUUCUUGUAGAUAUUCACAGCUCAUUUUAGAGCUCUGUACAUAAUGUCGUGGGUCUUUGUUUUGUUGUUUUGUUUGUUUUUGUAUCUUGUUGGAUGAACUUAGAUGUGGAAAAUGGAGGCCAAAAUUAUCUUUAAAGACUUUGUAUUUUCAAAAUAAAAAAUUUUCUUGUUUGUUUCAACACUCCUGCGAAAGUGUCCUGGUAUUCAACUUGUUUUUCCUCUAGAUUACAUUGUAAUAUGGAAAGGUAUUCUUUAUUCCCAGGUUUUAAAACUAGGGCUUCUCACAAUUUUCUUACUGAAACUUCAGCCCUUCUCUUUUUGUACAGUGACAUUUUAAAAUUGGACAAUUGUGUUCUCUUUGUUUUUCAAAAAUAUUAAAAUGGAUAUCUCUGA